AUGAGCGACUUGCAGAUGGUCGUAGGUGCCAAGUGCUUUGUGCCAGACGAGACACACGUGUGGCUCGCAGCUGAAGUCUUACGUGACGAGAACACGGGCGAUGGCAAGACACGCAAGAUUUACUGCAAGGUUGAGCUGCCUGAUGGUGAGAGUGAGGAGCGCUGUGUCGACAUGUUGUGUAAGAAGACCAAGGCACUCAUGGCUGUGCAUCAACUGGAGACGCUGCCGUAUCAGAACGAGAACGUGGGGUCCGAAGGGAUUGAAGACAUGAUUACACUCAACUACUUGCAUGAAGCUGCUAUUCUCUUCAACAUUAAGAAGAGAUUUCUCUGUGAACUACCGUAUACGUAUACAGGGGACAUUUGUAUUGCCAUUAACCCUUACAAAUGGCUACCUGAUCUCUACGCAGAGGAGCAACAUCUACGGUAUCUUAACCAGCCGAAGGAGGAACUCCCUCCACACGUGUACGCCACAUCAGUUUCUGCUUAUGACCAUAUGCGACGGUCGAAACUCAACCAGUCUAUUCUAGUCAGUGGUGAGUCUGGUGCUGGUAAGACAGAGACCACUAAGAUCCUUAUGAAUCAUUUGGCUACUAUUGCUGGUGGUAUGAACAAUUCGACUAUUAAGAGGAUUAUUGAAGUGAAUCCACUUCUUGAAUCCUUUGGUAAUGCCAAGACCGUACGAAACGACAACUCGAGUCGAUUUGGAAAGUUUACACAGCUGCAGUUCGAUAGAAAGGGUACACUUGUGGGUGCUAAAUGCCGCACGUACCUGCUAGAGAAGACACGUGUCAUCCAACACGAAGAGCCGGAACGCAACUACCACAUCUUCUACCAGCUGCUGGAUUCUCCCGACAUUGCAUCGGAGCUACAGCUCGACUCGAAAAAACAUUACGUGUACACGGGUGACAAUACGGCACAAAAGAUCGAGGGACUUUCUGAUGGGAAUCACUUUAACAAGACACGGGAGGCUCUUGAGCUUGUGGGGCUGUCGCGUGGUGACCAGCAGCCGCUGUUUGAAGUGCUAGCGGGUGUGCUUCAUCUUGGUGAAGUGCAGCUGCAAUCAGACGCAUCAGACGAUGAGAAAUCUCUCAUAACGGUGGGUGACCGUGGUGCGAGUGCUGCUACUGAGAUGUUUGGCGUCACAUGGGAAGCGCUUGAAACUGCAUUGUGUUCGCGUACCAUGCGUGCCGUGAACGAUGUGUACAGCGUGCCACUGAAGAAGGAGCUGGCUAUGGACUGCCGUGACGCACUUGCGAAGGCGGUCUACUCCAACGUGUUUGAUUGGCUUGUGGCCACGAUUAACCAAUCUCUCGCUGAUGAUUCCAAUAUGGGGAACCACGUGGGUGUACUCGAUAUCUUCGGUUUUGAGCAUUUCAAGCACAACUCGUUCGAGCAGUUCUGUAUUAACUAUGCCAACGAGAAGCUUCAGCAGAAGUUCACUCAGGAUGUGUUUAAGACUGUCCAGAUUGAGUACGAGGAAGAAGGUAUCGUCUGGGAUCACAUUGAGUAUGCGGAUAACCAAGAUGUGCUGAGUGUUGUGGAGUCCCGCAUGGGCAUCAUUUCACUGUUGAACGAAGAGGUGAUGCGACCCAAGGGUUGCGAGGAGUCUUUCAUGUCCAAGUUGACGUCCCUGCACAAGGACGACAUGUCACACGUUAUUGAGUUCCCUCGCACAUCACGUACCGAGUUCCUGAUCAAGCACUAUGCUGCACCUGUCAUGUAUGAUUCGGUGGGAUUCUUGGAGAAGCACAAGGAUUCGCUGUUGCCUGACCUGUCCGAGCUCAUGCGCGGUUCGUCCAAGCCUUUCAUCGCAAAGCUCUUUGAACCAAAGCCGGAACCUAAGACAGCUGCUUCGGAAGCGCCGGGCAGCCGUCGAAAGCGUGGUGGUGCUUUGUCUAUCACGACUGUCGGUACUCAAUUUAAGGAGAGCUUGACAGAGCUGAUGGCGACCAUUAACUCAACUCGAGUCCACUACGUGCGGUGCAUCAAGCCUAAUCCGAUUAAGAGCUCAACGGUUAUGGAUCAGGCCAUGGUGGUGUCUCAAUUACGGUGUGCUGGUGUGAUUGAAGCCAUUCGUAUCUCACGUGCUGCGUACCCGAAUAGGUUGCAGCACAUCGAGAUUUUGGAUAAGUUCUGGCUGUUUGUACCGAGCGGUGGUAACACUGCGGUAGAAAAGUGUCAACUACUCAUGGACAAACUGAAACUAGAGUCCCCAGCGCAGUACCAGAUGGGUAAGACUCGUGUAUACUUUCAAUUGGGCGUGCUCGAAGAGCUUGAAGAUCGCCGUAAGAAAUUUCUGGAUGCCAAGGCCACAUACCUGCAAAAUGUCAUGGUUGGUUUCACACAGCGUAUCAAGUACCUUCGACAACUGGAAGCUAUCAUCAAGUUGCAGUCAGUUAUCAGGUGUGUGAUUGCUAUGCGGAGAUACAACACGUUCAUGAAUGGCCUCGUUUUGGCGCAAGCUCGCUGGCGAGGCAUUCAGGGCCGGAAGAUUGCAGUGGUUGUCAAGAGCAACCACUAUGCUGUCAUCAUCCAGCGGUAUGUGCGCGGCUAUGUCAAGCGUCACUCUUACGGCAAAAUGCGGGCGGCGGUUGUCCGUGUACAAGCCAUCGUUCGUAUGACGAUCCAGCGCCCAAAGUACUUGGCUGCUCUCGAAGAAAAACGUUACGAGGCUGACAUGGCUUACCAGCUCAACAAGUUGAAGGCCGCUCUUCAGGAAGAGCAGGACAGGAAUGCCCAGCUGCAACGUCGGAGUAGCUUGACGACGGCAGAUUCGUCUGCUGCCUCGAGCGUGGUGAUGGCUGAUGCUGGUGGCAUGAUCGAAACUCUCCAAGAUGAGAACAAGAAGCUGCGCGAGAAGAACGAGGGAAUAAAGGUCGCGAUGAAGGAGUUGAAGGCGGAGAUCGAGAAGUUUAAAAGUGACAAGGAAUUCUCAUCGGCUGGCAACCACGUCAAGGUUCGUCAGCUGCAGGACACUGUGCGCGACAAGGAGAAGAAGAUUAAGCUGCUCGAGAUCGACAAUAAGAAGCUGACGGAGCAGCUUGCAAAGCUUCAAGUGGACGGUGUACCCGAGAAGAAGGCCACGCCGAAGAAGUCAAUCUUCCGCACGCUAGGGUCCAAGAAGGAGAAGCAACCGCGUGAGACCGUGCUGAUGGACUCGCUUACUGGCUCGGAGGAUCUUAACCAUCGUCCGUCGGAGACUCGUGGGUCGGAGCGUCAGUUUCCGCGUAUGCCGAGCAUGAGCGUGGGCUCCCGCUUCUGGAACUCUAACAAGAAGGGCGAUAACGGCGAUGGCUUCGACGUCUCGGAGGUUGAAGGUGAGGAUAGUCCUACGAACAGCACCACGCGCAACACGAUCGUGAAGAGCAUGGAGGUUGGAGUGACGGGAGCCAUGUCAAGUUUGAAGGGCCGAAUGUCGGUCGUGAAAGGCAUGUAUGAUUCUCGAAGCAAACGCACGAACAGCAAGCCUGAUGAGGCUGCAAACCCGUCCGACAACCAGGUGUCAACGACGGUGGUCAAGCCGUCACCGAAGCCAGCGGAUCGCCCUGUGCGCGAGUCGUUCAACCUGGAUGCGUUACCGGAAGUAUCUCUGCCUGUCGGAUGGGAGGCCAAGGUGUCUCGCUCAACGGGACGCGUGUACUAUGUGAAUCGCAAGCUUAGCAAGUCUCAGUUCGAGCGUCCCACACUAGCCUCCCUCAAGGCACAAAAGCUGGCGCGUCAGAAGUCGGCUAACACGGAAUAA